CGCAUUUCUACGUGGUCGAACACCGUCGUCGGGCAUAUUACGCUUCAACGUCAGCUUCCGUGACUAGCCCUGAUUGAAAACCUACCAUGUCCGGCAAAUACGCUUUCACUAAGGCACUCAAGGAGUUGCGCUUCCUUCACUGCCAAACGAGCGAGCACUCCAAUGCUGUCCGAUCGUUUCUAACGAAAUCGUAUCCAUCAAUGAAGCAGAGCAAUCCACACACUCCUAUCAUGAUCCGUGAAGCUCUUGGCAUUGAGCCAAAGGUUUACGCACGGUACGAAUUCGGACGAGAAAGAGUUGCAGACCUAAAAGGAUUGGAUGCCAGCGCGAUUGAGCAGAAAGUUUCGAGUCUGAUCCAGGACGGACAGUAAAAGGAGGACGUCUGGCUGAGAAAUGGCCGAAUGGUCGGGAAUUUGCGCAAGCAUCGACAGCUAGAAGCAGUUCCAUCAAUCACGGGAAGGCAGAGCCUCCGCCAAAGCGAGACAGUGAUGGCACGAAAUUGUACAGUACAGCCGCAGCGGCCCAAGAAUAUGCAGCGUACCGCCUGCAUAAUGUAGGAAUGAUCGCAUCUAAAGGACAUUAACCCCCCAGACUCACCAACAUCAUCGAGUCCGCAGAUCAGCCUAGCCUUGCGGACCAUUAUAACCGUCUAUCGAGUCACAUUUCAGAAAUCACUUAAUUUACAAUUCAUUUCACAAUUCAAGCUACGAGAUGCCACAUGACAAACGCCUCCUUGCAGUGGAACAGCUACUAA